AUGGAGCCGUUGCCUCUGGUGCUGGCGUUGGCGCUGGCGCUGGGCGCGGCGCGCGCGCUGUCCACGUGCCGCUCGCUGGACCUGGAGGCCGCGCGGCGGAAGCGGAUCGAGGCCGUGCGGGGCCAGAUCCUGAGCAAACUGCGCAUGAGCGCCCCUCCCCCACCCCCUCCUUCCUCCUCCCCCUCCCCCUCCUCUUCCUCCCCCCCACCGGAACCGGCGCUGCCCGACGACGUGCGCGCGCUCUACAACAGCACGUGGGAGCUGCUGCAGCAGCAGCAGCGGGAGAGGGGGGCGCCCCCUAGCGGCCCGGAGGAGUACUACGCGAAGGAGCUGCACCGCUUCCCUAUGGAGCCGCCUGGAGAUGGCUCCGCCCCCGGCCGCGCGCUCCUGCUGCGCUUCAACGCCUCGCGCAUGCGCGCUGAGCUGAGCCGGGGGGCGCUGCUGCACCGCGCCGAGCUGCGCAUGCUCCGCCAGAGGGCGCCCGAGGGCGGCGACCAGCAGCGCCUGGAGCUCUACCAGGGCUUUGGCAACGCCUCCUGGAGGUACCUGCAGGGCCGCUGGGUGCGGGCGGCCCCGGACGAGGAAUGGGUCUGGUUCGACGUCACCGAGGCCGUGCAGCAGUGGCUGGGGGGCAAUGACCCCAUGGGCACGUUCAAGCUGAGCGUCCAUUGCCCCUGUGACGAGCCGGGGCCGCCCCCCCCCAUGCGCGUCACCUUCGAAGGGUUCGAGCAGCAGCGCGGGGACAUGCAGGGCAUCGCCCGCAAGCACCAGCGCGCCCCCUACCUGCUGGCCAUGGUACUGCCCGAGGAGCGCGGCAACGACCUCCGCAGCGCCCGGCGCCGCCGCGGCCUCGACCCCCCCUUCUGCUUCGGGCCGGAGGAGCCGAGCUGCUGCCUGCGCCCGCUCUACAUCGACUUCCGGCGGGACCUGCACUGGCGCUGGAUCCACGAGCCCCGCGGGUACAUGGCCAACUUCUGCGGGGGGGGCUGCCCCUACCUCUGGAGCGCGGACACCCAGUACUCCAAGGUGCUGGCCCUGUACACGCAGCACAACCCGGGGGGCUCGGCCGCCCCCUGCUGUGUGCCCCAGAGCCUGGAGCCGCUCCCCAUCGUUUACUACGUGGGGCGCAAGGCGCGCGUGGAGCAGCUCUCGGACAUGGUGGUGCGGGCCUGCAAGUGCAGCUGAGCC